CAAGCUUUUAAAGCAAUAGAAGCAGAUCGGAGUGUGUAAUCAUUCUCUUAUGUUAUAAAUCUCAUCAACUCCAACAAAUGAACAAGUCGCGACCAUCGGUAGUUGAACUGGCGAAUAGUGAGUAGUUUGAUAAUCUGUGUGUGUGCCUAUGUUCAGAUAAAUAACAGAAAAUCACCAGUUAACCUCAAUGUAUAUUACUUAAUUUUACCAAAUAGUUUCUUGAUAUGGGUCUAUAAAAGAACAUUCCACCGCGAUGGACACUAGUACUUCAACUGAAAAUGCGGAGUCAAAGCAAUUCAGGGUUAAAGCCGGCCUGUUCCUAGCGGCAGUUUCCGGAGCCUCAGCCGUAUUUGGCUUUGGAGCCACUGUUAUUGCAGCCAAGAAACGGGAUCCCAAGUAUUUUGGAAAAGGUUUUAUGCCGUCCCGAGAAUUGCCUGAAACGGGUGCUGUUUUGGCCAUGAAGGCACUAGGUUGGGGUACGCUCUAUGCUUUUACAGGGUGCGGAGUGCUAUUUUACGCAAUUUGGAAACUGUCAGGAGCCCACAGCUUUGCUGAAUUCCGGUCGAAAAUGGGAGAGGCCUUGCCUCGAAUCCCCAAAAAUGACCCACCCCAAGGCAGAACGGAGUUCAGCGGAAUGAACGAUCUUUUACAGUAUUUGCAAGAUCAAAAAGGGCAGAAAGACAAUAAAUAACAUCUCAACUUUA